AUGCCGCAGCUGAUCGAGGAGUUGGUCUCGAACGGCCACAGCGCCACGACGAAUGGCAACGGCUUGAGCAACGGCGAAGGACCGUCGUCGUCGAGCAGCAGCCUCAGCCUCAGCCUCAGCCUCCGCUCCGCCGCCGCCGCUGCCGCCGUCAGCAGCAGCAGCACCGCGUCGACCGAGCCACAUGACGCCGCCGCCGCCGCCGCGCUCGCCAGCACCGCCGGGGGCUCUUCGUCGUCGUCGGCCUCGCCUGACCACCACCGGGAUGCGAACGACUACGAACACAGCUCGUUCAAGCCGCUGUGGCCAGGCAGUGACAUCGACCGCCGGGAAUGGGUCAGGCUCGCCCUGCAGACUUUCAAGGAGAUGGGCUACGCGUACGUUCCCGACCGAGCGGCGGUCCCCCCACUUGGAGACCUCGACCGCUGACCACACACCACUUCCCCGCUCAUCUCGUCGUCGACAGGGGAACGGCGCAGGCCCUGACCCGUGAAUCGGGCUUUGAGCUCGAAAUCGAUGACGUGACCACCUUUAGGAACGGCGUGCUGCAAGGCCAAUGGGACCUCGUCGAGGCGAUGCUGGUGCAGCUCCCCGCCCACCAAGUUAAAGAUCACACCGUCAGUUUCGCCUGUGUUCAUCUGCGAGGUGGCGGCGACAGCAAACCGGUCUGACAGACGUUCCAUUCGUUGCUCGCCCUUUAGACCGUUCGGUUCAAGAUUAGACAGCAAAAGUUCCUCGAGGCGCUCGAGGCCAAAGAGACCAAAAAGGCUCUCUUCACCCUUAGGAACGAGCUUGCACCCCUCGGUCAUGAUUCGGAUCGGCUGCACUUCCUUUCAAGGUGCGUUGAUGGAUGUAUCGCUCUCGUCCUGCGAGCGUAUGACUGACUCUGGAUGCACAUCACAGCUUGAUCAUGUGUGCCUCGGCCGAAGAUCUUCGAGCUCGGUCCUCGUGGGAUGGCGUUCACGGCGAAUCGAGGAAGAACCUGUUACUGCAACUGCAAGGUAGGGCAGAGGAUGACCGUAUCCUCCUCUUCAUACAUCACCUACUUAAGUCCUCUGCUCCCCACCAGAUUAUAUCUCCCCAGACCUCAUGAUACCCCAACGGCGCCUCGAGACCUUAUUCGAGCAAGCCAAAAUUCAUCAGCAACGCCAAUGCGUCUUCCACAUCCACAACGACUCCUUCACCUCCCUCCUCGCCGACUGCAAAUGUGACCCACACGCGUUCCCCUCGACGACGACCCACAUCCUGCACGAGCACACGGACGAGAUCUGGCGACUCGAGUUCUCCCACUCGGGAGAAUAUCUCGCGACCGCGGGACGGGAUCGCUUGGCCGUCAUCUGGAAAGUGUCGACCGGGUUUACGCUUGACAAGGUCUUCCGCGAGCACUCGGACCCCGUAUCGUGCAUCGCGUGGUCACCGGAUGAUACGAUCCUUCUCACCGCUGCGGAGAGCGUCAUCAAGAUGUGGAACACGGAGAAGGGCCACUGCAUCGCGACGUUGAACCAGCACGCGUACCAGAUCGGCGCUCUGGCUUGGUUCCCUGACGGCAAAGGUUUUGCUUCUGGAGGGAUGGAUUCAAAGAUCUACUUUUGGGAUCUGGCGGGUAACAUUACCGAGAGCUUGCAGAACUCGCCUUCGAGAGUCAUCGAUCUCGCCAUCACCCCCGACGGCUCGAGAUUGGUCGCCGUCGGACGAGUCGACACGAGCCCUUCGGUCCUAGCUUCGCGUGAUCAGAGCAGAACGCAGAGUGGUGCCGAUACACCGGCGCAGCUUGCGUCGAAUCUAAGAGUCCCGAUCGAGCCCAAGCAUGACAAUCGGAUCUCGAUCUAUACUUUGGCCGACCGCAAACUCGACUUCGAAAGCACACAACCGCACGAGUUGACGUCGGCCAACAUCUCGGAUGACUCACGGUUUGCCAUCAUCGGCCAUGCGCCGGAUGAGAUCCUUUACCUUGACCUGCGGGAUUGCACCGUGGUUCGACGGUAUCAGGGCCAUAACCAGGGGACCUUUGUCCUUCAGGCAUGCUUCGGUGGCCCAUUGCAGAACCUGAUCCUGAGCGGCAGUGACAAGGGGGAGAUCUACAUUUGGCAUCGUGACACGGGGGUAUUGAUUAAACAAUUGACGGGCCACAGCGUCGAAGGCUCGGUCAACGCCGUCUCGUGGAAUCCCAAGAAUCCUACGAUGUUCGCUUCAGCCUCGGACGACAACACCGUGCGGAUAUGGGGCGUUCGGGCCGGUCCGACGCCGACCCCCAUCGUCGUUAAUGGCAACAACGGCAAGCGUUCGGCUUAG